UUUUCUUUCCGUUUUUUAAUUAAUUCUUCCCGACCGUUGCACUUACACACAAAUUCCCAUACAAAUCCCUCUUUCUCUCUCCCUCUCUACUCACCACCAUUGCAAGAUGAGCAUCACUGCCGGAGCCAAACGCCAUUGGAAGAAGGCUGCGAAAGUCACUCUUGCUCUCUUUUUCACAGGCUUCAACACCUCCAAAUGCAAGACGGCGGCGAAAUUGGCGGUGGCUCGGAUAAAGCUUCUGAGGAACAAGAGACAGGUGGUGGUGAGGCAGAUGAGACGUGAUAUUGCUAUGCUACUUCAGUCUGGUCAAGACGCCACUGCUCGUAUUAGGGUUGAACAUGUGAUGAGAGAACAGAAUAUUCUAGCUGCUAACGAGUUUAUUGAGCUCUUCUGUGAACUAAUCGUGCAAAGACUUACAAUCAUUGCAAAGCAAAGAGAGUGUCCAGUGGAUCUAAAAGAAGGGAUAUCAAGUUUAAUAUUUGCAGCACCUCGAUGUUCUGAAAUUCCAGAAUUGGUUGCACUUCGGGACAUUUUUGAGAAGAAAUAUGGCAAAGAUUUUGUUGGUGCAGCUACUGAUCUAAGACCUGAUUGUGGUGUAAAUCGAAUGCUUAUUGAGAAGCUCUCUGUUAAAACCCCUCCUGGUGAGGUAAAGUUGAAAAUCCUAAAGGAAAUAGCCAAAGAAUACCAGGUUGAAUGGGACACAACAGAAUCUGAAACAGAACUUCUCAAGCCACCUGAAAAGCUUAUUGAUGGACCACAGACCUUUGUGAGUGCUUCUAGCAUGCCUGUCAAUUCUAUGUCGGACCAAUUUGUUCAGCCUGUGAAUCGUACAUCGGAUCAGUUUGUUCAGCCAAACAACCCACCAUCACGCAGAUACUCGGGUAAUGGCCAAAACAUGCAAUUCAAUGACACAAAAUCAGCUGCUGAAGCUGCUGCUGAGUCAGCAAAGAUGGCAAUUGCAGCUGCAGAAGCAGCUGCAUACUUAGCAAACAAAGACUCACAUCAGUCAACUAGUCAACCACAUGGACUUGGUUCAAGAAACUCUGACAAUUUUGACUCCAUUGAUUAUGCGAAAACAUCAAGACAGAGCUCUGAAAGGUCUCACAUAUCAUCAGCAGUAGAUACAAAUACAACUACUACUAAUACCAAAGGGGGUCAAAGGAGAUACAGUUACAAUGCAUCUGGUGUGAGAUUUGAUGAAUCAGAUUGUGAGAUAGAUGAUAGCAAGCUGUUCAGAAGGCAUACAAUUAAUACUGCUGCACCUCAUAAAGUAUCAUCAUCUGUGAAGUUUGAUGAAUCUGAGUCUGAUUAUGAUGAAGAAAUUGAGAUGGAUCAUGAUCAUGACCACCGGUCUGGUGGUCCACCAGACCGGCCUGCACCAGGUGCACCCGCACCGCCUUCCGGUUAUAUGAAACAAGGUCAGCGGGUGCAUCCGAAGCUCCCGGAUUAUGAUACACUGGCAGCUCGUUUUGAAGCUCUCAGGCAUCAUAAACCAUAGGCUUAAAAGAUUGUUUAUUGAGCAUUUUGGUAUGUUAUAUGACGAAAUUACACUAUACUAUGUUGGUAGAAUAUGAAUAUCAACUUUCCUUUUAUUA